AUGGCCUCGUCCUCGUCAUCCGGCACGGCCGGCGUCGGGGUGCUGUCCGACGAGGGGGCGACGGCAAUGGCGGAGUGCAUCGGCCUGCUGUUCGGGAGGUGGACGGCGCUGCAGCUGGCGGUGAGGAACCGCUGGGGCGGCCGCGACUCGCAGGCCAACGCCGACCAGCUCGCCUCCUCCGUCCUCUCCUGGUUCACCCGCAAAGCCGCCAGAGGCGCGGGCCCGCUCGACCAGGACGAGCUGGAGGAGUUGCUGUACGACGCCAUGGGCGAGUCCUUCAACGCCGACAUUGAGGAUGGGAGCGUCGAGGAGAGCUAUUCAUACAUGGAUAAGCUUAGGAAGACACGGCUUGCGGGCGCAGCGCCAUUACCCAGAUCAAAGAGGUAUAGAGGCUACGACAGUAGCAGUGAUGAUGAGAGCUCACGCUCAGAGGAAGAUGAUGAUGGAGCAGGCCCAAUGGAGGUUGAGUGCCGGCGCCGCGGAACCCAAAACCCUCCAAGCCCGUCCCCGAUGCGGAUGGAUGGACCACCGUGCCGACUAGGCGCCGCAGCGAGCAGUAGAGCACAAGAAAGGAAGAAUUAA